AUGAAAUUUCAAAUCAUUUCAUAUUCACUUAUUUUUGCUAAUUUAUUUCAUUUUAUACAAUGUCUUCAAUGCUACGAAAGUGUUGGAAAAACUGUGUCACGUAAAGUUUGUUCACCAAAACAAGAGAAGCAUGAAAUGUGUUUUGCGACUAAAUUUGGAGCUGAUGGAAUUUGUAUCAGAGGAUGCUCCUAUGAAAUUAUUCACUAUGGCUCAUAUGAAUUUAGCUUAAAUUGUUCUGAUGCAGGAUGUAUGCAUGGUUUAGGAUGUUGCUGUAAAGGUGAUCUCUGCAAUGAUCAGUGUCCCAAUGAAGCAACAACAAUCCGAUACUGUACACUUCUAUCUGUAUUAUUUGGCUUAAUGAUAUUUGAAUUUUUAUGCUAA